GGGAUGACAAGACCCAACGCUUCUUCGAUCAGACCCGGCGUCUCGUCGCCACCGCUCCUCUGCACAUUUCGAUGUGAUGGAGACGGGGUACGACUUCAUUCUCGACACUCCGUGGUCUCGUCGGUUCCGCAGCACCAAGGCCGAUUGGGCAACCAACACUCUCGUUCUCAAAACAAAGUGUGGACAGACGUAUCGCGUACCUUUCAUAGGUACCACUGCGACACCAUGCCUCGAUCCUCCUCCCCCGGAGCCUUCAGUUCCCACACCAUCUCCCUCUAUCACUGUUACCUCGCCUCGACAAUUCGCUCACUUCAUUCGACAGGACGACGUCACCUUCUUUAUGGUGGACGUGACGGAUCUCUUUCACUAUGAUCCACCCUGUCCCGACGCCGAGCUCAUCCCUCUGGAGCCAAAUCCUCCCUCUAUCUCCAUGGCUCCCAUCUCUACUUCCGUCCCUCCGCCGUUCGUCAAGUCCACUCCGCCGUGGCACGCUGACGCUGACGCUGAGGAACUCGCACGAUAUACGGCUGACCUGGAGCCCGCAGUUCGUGACCUCAUCCGAGAGUACCACGACGUUUUCCCAUCGUCGUUCUUGUACGUCAGCAUCCCACCGAUGCGUGACAUCGAGCACUCCAUUCAGCUUGUGCCUGACUAUUGUGUUCACCACCAGGCACCCUACAGACUCUCGAUCCCCGAGGCCACCGAACUCAAGCGUCAGCUUGAGGAGCUCCUGAGACUGGGUUUCAUUAAACCCAGCAACUCCCCGUGGGGUGCACCCGUCCUGUUUGCUCGCAAAGCGGAUGGAACUCUCCGUCUCUGCAUCGACUAUCGCGGUCUCAACCGCUACACGGUUAAGAACAGCUACCCCAUGCCUCGUUCCGAUGAGCUGUUUGAUCGCCUAGCAGGCAACCACUUCUUUACGAAGAUUGAUCUUCGUAGCGGUUACCAUCAGAUCCGCGUUGCUGCAGACGACCAGCCGAAGACCGCGUUUCGAUCGCGAUUCGGCCACUACGAGUUCACGGUGAUGCCAUUCGGCCUCACCAAUGCACCCGCCACCUUUCAGAGGGCGAUGAACGACAUCUUCAGGGACAUCCUGGAGCAGUACGUUCUCGUUUACCUCGACGAUAUCCUGGUCUACAGUCGUACCCUUGAGGAGCACCUCAGACACCUCCGCGACGUCCUUGACCGCUUGCGCAGACAUGGUUUCUACGCCAAGCUGAGCAAGUGCCGCUUUGCCCAGCACAAAGUGGAUUUUUUUAGGACACUACGUGUCUGACCAGGGUCUCCACAUGGACGACGCGAAGAUCACUUCUAUUGCGGAGUGGCCCGCCUCCACAUCCGCCAAGCAGCUUCGCAGCU